ACAAACAAAUCCUCACCAGAAAUGAUUUAUAGUAAUAAAUUCAUCAUAAACAACCCCUCCUGAUAUAAUUCACCUUAUACUACUAUUUUCUUGUCAUCAGGCUGUAAUUGCCGAAGCAGUCCUCUGCUGAAGGAAGGCUCCAGGGAGGCCAUGGCGGCAGCUGCAGUUCCUGAAGAUGGAGAAUUCGGCGUGGUUGCAUCGUAUUCAGGGGAGGAAGAUAAGGAGAGGAUCAAUGAAGGCAAUCGGAGUUUUGGAGGGAAACGGUGGCCAAAGCAGGAGACUCUGGCCUUAUUGAAGAUACGUUCCGAUAUGGAUGCCGCCUUUAGCGACUCAUGUCUUAAACGUCCGUUGUGGGAGGAAGUUUCCCGGAAAUUAGCAGAGCUUGGUUAUAAUCGAAGUGCCAAGAAAUGCAAGGAGAAAUUCGAGAAUGUGUACAAGUACCACAAGAGAACCAAAGAUUGUCGAACUGGGAAAUCAGAAUCCAAGACUUACAAGUUUUUCGAUCACUUGGAAGCUCUCCAUAAUCUCCACUCAAACCAGAACCCAUCGCCGCCAAAGCCUCAAACACCUAUGACAACCACCAUAGCAGCGCUGGCGCCCUGGACUAAUACUCCGGCCAGUACCACAGUCCCUAAUAUCAAUAUUGUGGCUAAGCCAAUAAACCCUACACCAAUUCCUCAAAACAUCAUAAACCCUACAAAUACUAAUCCAAACACUGUUCCCUAUUCUUUCAAUAGCAAUAUUUCAUCCAAUCCUUUCUCGACUUCAUCAUCUUCUUCAACAGCGUCUGAAGAAUCCGGGGGGAGGAGUAAGAUCAGGAAGAGAAAAUGGAAGGAUUUCUUCAAGAGGAUGACGAAGGAGGUGAUUGAGAAACAAGAAGAGCUGCAAAGGAAGUUUCUGAAAGCAGUGGAGAAGCAGGAAAAUGAAAGAAUGAUGCGAGAAGAGUCAUGGAGGAUUCAAGAGAUGGCUAGGAUAAAUCGAGAGCACCAGAUUUUAGUCCAAGAACGAUGCAUGGUGGCUGCAAAGGAUACCGCCAUCAUUGCAUGCUUGGAAAAGAUAUCAGGACAGCAAAAUGCUAACACCCUGGAAAAUUUGCAAGUGAGUCUCCAACAACCUCCAACAGUACUGCAGCUGCCAGUGCCACUUCAACAGCAGGUCCAAACAUUACCACCGCAGCCUCCAUCUCCGAGUAAUGUUGUCAAUGCAGUGGUGUCGAGUCCUUCUAGAUGGCCAAGAGCGGAAGUUGAUGCUUUAAUAAAGCUGAGAAACGGUCUGGAUACAAAAUAUCAGGACGAACCAAAGGCACCGCUGUGGGAGGAGAUCUCCGCGGGGAUGAGGAGGAUGGGGUACAACCGAAGUGCGAAGCGGUGCAAAGAGAAAUGGGAGAAUAUCAACAAGUACUUUAAGAGAAUGAAGGAGAGCAAUAAGAAGAGGCCUGAGCACUCGAAGACAUGUCCGUACUUUCACCAGCUAGACGCCAUUUACAGAGAGAAGAGCAAGAACUUGAUGAAGCCUGAUAAUACUACGGUGCCAUUGUUGGUCCGCCCAGAGAGGCAAUGGCCUCCUCAGCCGGAACCUGUCGGAGAGGAUUUAGAUAAUGAAAGGGAGAACGAUCUGAAUUUUGACAUCUUGCGGCAAGGAGAAACUGAAGAGGAAGAGGAUGGAGGAAAUGGUACGAAUGGCAGUGGUAAAACGAAAAAUGGGGAAGCUUCUUGAUGGAAGCUGACAUAGAAUGGGAUUGAAACUGUUGAGGGGAUAUAAUAAUUUUUUAUUCCAAAAUCUUGAAUUUUAUUCAAAAAGGGAAAAAUCAUCAGUUUUUUGUGUGGUUUGUGUGUGCUUGCCAUUGAUGGUGAUGUCCAAAAGGUUUGCCGCCUUGCCGGGGCCAGAAGUUGGUGGAAGAGGAGAUGAGUUAGACGAGGAGCUGGAUGAGAUCCAAUCUGGGUGGUGCAUUGCAUCAAACACAUAUUAUUCCAUGCACAUGGUGCAGUUUAUGCUACA